AUGAAAUUGCUCACCUGCUAUACGGUGGCCGCUGCCCUGCCCCUGGCAGAGGCUUCUGCGGCCACAUACUUUUUUACUUUCGGUGAUUCGUACACUCAAACCGGGUUCAAUGUCAACGGCCAGCAACCGUCUACCUCAAAUCCCAUGGGGAACCCCGAACUGGGAAAGGAUACAACUACUGGUGGAAUCAAUUGGCCGGGAUAUCUCACGACAGUGGACAAUGAAUCCCUGGUACUCAACUACAACUUCGCGGUUGGCGGUGCAACCACCGACAACGAGAUCGUCCUGAGCAAUGGCCCUGUAAAAGACCUAGUGGGACAGGUCGACGAUUUCCACUCCGCUUAUGGCGACAAGCCGUCAUCCACCCCGUGGUCUUCCGACAACGCCGUCUUUGGGAUCUGGAUGGGCAUCAAUGAUAUUGGCAGGUCUUUAUACUUUGAUCGCAACGCCAGCGCCAGUCAAGUCAUCCCCGCCUUGACAAAGCAGUAUGAAUCGCUCGUAGAAGAGCUCUACUCAGACGGCGGGCGCAAGUUCCUGUUCCUCAAUAUCCCAGCUACCAGUCGAUCCCCAGAAACGAUGUCAAGGGGCCCCGAGAUGGUCAAGAAGACCGCGGCGUGGAUCAAGGCCUAUAAUACUGCACUGGGGUUGAUGGUCCGAAGACUUGAAUCGGAGUACGAGGACAUCGAAAUUGUUCUCUAUGACUCAUGGUCCUUCAUGAACUCGAUCCUCGAUGAACCCGAGAAACACGGCUUCUUAAAUGAGAUCUGCGAAGCCGAAAAUGGCGAGUCUUGUGUCUGGUGGAACCAAUUUCAUCCAGGCUGGAAAUAUCAUAAGCUGCAGGCGGCUGAUAUGAAGGGUUUUCUGGAGGAUUUUGGUGGGUGGUAG